AUGCGCAGCGUACCGGACCGCAAACGGCCACAGAAAAUGGGGAGCAGCCGCAUGGAUCAUGGAGUCCGGAAGUGUGAACGACUGGAGAAUGCCCUCCCCACGACAAAAGUCCCGCAGGAGGGUGGAGGAGAACUCACCACCUCUGUCAGAGUGCAGACGCAGGACAGGAAGGUCUUGGCCGAACUGCUCGCGGAGCUGGAGACGGACUGUGCGGAUCCAAGGGAUCAAGACAUCAACGACCUGACCCUUGCUGCGCAAGGGGAAGACCAUGGUGUACCACGUGAAGUCGUCAACAACCAGCAGAAAGUAGCGCUCGCGGCUCUGUCCACUGACGCGGGCUGGGCCCCACACGUCCAUGUGGAGAGUCUGCAGGGGAGCAGACGUCGGGGGAAACGAGGAGGGGUGAGGAGCGGGGAGGCGAGGGAGGCAGGGAAGGCAGAGACGUGGGUAGACCAGAGACCAGAAGAUGAGAGUGCAUGCCACGAAGGCGUGGCAGGGAGGGGUGACCCAGGCGGUGGUGCCACAGAAGAGUCUGGUGCAACAGGAGGCGACACGAGCAAGAGGCGGCUACCUGACCUGACGCAGACACCUGAGCUGACGCAGCUACCUGAGAAGGCUCGGUAG